AUGGCAGAUAAAUCCAUGGGAAGCCAUUAUGAAGAUUUGAUGCCCGUUAUGGCGGAGAAGCUAGAUGUGGAUACCUUCGUGUCCGAACUCUGCGCGGGAUUCCGGCUUCUGGCAGACCCCGGAAGGGGGUUGAUUACAUCGGAGAGUCUGAGGAAGAAUUCUGCACUUCUGGGUAUAGAAGGGAUGAGCAAAGAAGAUUCAGAGGCGAUGUUGCGCGCAGGGGACCUUGAUGGAGAUGGGGCACUCAAUGAGACCGAGUUUUGCAUCCUCAUGGUUAGACUAAGCCCUGGAAUGAUGCAAGAUGCAGAAACAUGGCUUGACAAGGCACUUGAUCGAGAGCUGGGACAAUCCUCUUCUUAUUAG